AUGCAACAGCGACUGGACGUUCUCAAGGAUCUAGAGACAUCUUCCAUCGCAACUGUCGCUGCAAAAUAUAAUGUGCACUACACCACGGUUCGUCAUAUAAAACAAAAAGCGGCGGUGAUUGGUGAAUUUGAACACCAAGAUUCGAAGGCAAAGCGACGACAGAGGGUCAGAAAACCAAAGUUCGAGGAAUUGGAGGAACGCCUGUUGAAAUGGUUUAUAGAAAGGAGAACCGUAGGAGACUACAUAUCAGACGCGCUGCUAAUCGAAAAAGCAACCGAAUUGAAAGAGGAGUUUGGAGCCCCUUCCCAAUUUAAAGUGAGCAAGGGAUGGCUCGCAAAAUUUAAAAGACGCAACAACAUCAGAUUAGUUCGUGUAUACGGUGAAAAAGCCAGUGCAGAUGAAGAUGGAGCACGUAAAUUUGUGGCUGACUUCCAAACUUUCAUGGAAGACGAAGAAAUAAAUCCGGAAAAUGUAUAUAACAUGGAUGAAAGUGCACUGCUAUGGAAGGCUUUGCCACUGAAAACUCUGCCAAGGGCAUUAAAACAUUUUAUGAAUCAACUUCCGGUAGUGUUUCGGGCUCAAGCUAAUGCAUGGAUGAGCAAAACUUUAUUCUUAGAUUGGGUGGAUAAUUGUUUUAAACAAUCUGUUAGACAAUAUCAGUUGGAAAAUGGAUUAUGCGGAAAAGUUGUGUUAAUAAUUGACAAUUGUGCGAGUCAUAAACUAACAAUCAAUUACGUGCAGGAUGACCAUUUUAUAAUCAAAUAUUUAGCACCUAACACCACAUCUUCGAUCCAACCAAUGGACCAAGGAAUUAUUGCCGAAUUCAAACGCAGUUUCCGCCAUAAAUUAACACAGCGGCUUGUCACUUACGAAAGUGGUGCAGAACAAUUUUUUAAAACAUACACAAUAAAAGAUUGCAUAGACAUAAUUAGUGAAGCUUGGAGCGAAGUGACAUGCAAAGAACAAGAAGAGGAAGAAAACCUUGUACCGGAAAUGCAACAACUUUUGACGAGCAUUUCGGAACAUAAUGUGACCUCCGAAGAAGUUGAAGAAUAUUUGAACGAGUGUAGUGAGGAGGAAGAAACAUAUUCAAGAAAGAUUGAUGAUACGGACGAAAGCAGAGACAAAGACAAGGAUGAAGAAAGGGUUGAAGACAAGGAUGAAGAAAGAGAAGAACCAUGGGAAGAAGAACAGGAAGAAGAAAGCAACGAAAGUGACAGAACACACGAACGUGGGAUCCCAGUAAACAGAGAAGAAAGACAGGAAUUGGAAGAUAUUUUCAGACGUUUGGAGCGUUAUAAAAACCGCAUCCCACGUUCUUCUGAAUUGCUUCUAGAAGCAAUGAAAUUAUUAUUCUUAGGUGAGACAACUUCAAACACCUAA